AUGAGUUCACAUUCUAUUCUCUCGAGAGCUUCGACGCUCAUUCUUGUGCUUGCCUCUGUCGCCCAAGCUGUCGGCCAUGGUCACGGACGUGGCCUCGGGCAUGGCCAUAACCAUGGAAAAGUCAUAAAUAUCCCACAGGGUGAUUUUGGCUUGAAGCACCAUCCCCAGUUACAUCAUCGCGCAGCCGUUUCACCGGUCCAGAAGCCGCACGGUACAUCCAAACCGAUCACAAAGCGCGGGGGAGAAUGCGAGUUUCCAUCUGAUGCUGGGCUGGUUGCCGUUACACCCAACGAGAAAAACGCCGGCUGGGCCAUGAGUCCGGAUCAGCCAUGCGAACCAGGUAAUUACUGUCCGUAUGCAUGCCCAGCUGGUAUGGUUAUGGCGCAGUGGGACCCUGACGCGACUUCCUACUCUUAUCCCAUGUCUAUGAAUGGUGGAUUGUACUGCGAUGAAAGUGGAAAGGUUUCCAAACCAUUCCCCAGCAAACCCUAUUGUGUCGACGCGUCCGGAUCGGUUGUCGCAAAGAAUAACGCCGGUGGCGUUGUGUCAUUUUGCCAGACUGUUCUCCCUGGAAACGAAGCCAUGUUAAUCCCAACUAGCGUUGAGAGCUCCGCGAAGCUUGCCGUUCCCGACCCCAGUUAUUGGUGCUCCACGGCCGCCCACUACUAUAUUAACCCGCCUGGGAAAGACACAGAGACUGCCUGUGUGUGGGGUACACACGACAACCCAUGGGGAAACUGGGCUGCCUAUGUUGCUGGUGCCAACAUGGACGACAAAGGGCAAACUUUCCUCAAAAUUGGCUGGAACCCCAUCUAUCUAGAGCCUGCAACUCCUUUCCGCAAUGAAAGCCCAUCAUAUGGGGUGAAAAUCGAAUGUGAUGGUGAUGGCUGCAAUGGACUUCCUUGUGAAAUUGACCCUUCGAAGAAUAGUAUCAACGAGGUCACUGGCAGCGGUAGCGGCGGUGCCGGCGGUGCCUCCUUCUGCGUCGUGACUGUUCCCAAAGGCAGCAAAGCCAACGUCGUCGUUUUCGGCAAAGGUGGCGGUGGAGGAAGCAAUAAGCCUGACAACGACGAUGACGAGGACAAAGACCAAGAACAAGACGAAGACGAAGAACCCGAACCGACCACGUCCGUGCCUGAACCACCGUCAACAACAGCGGAGCCGACCUCGUCGACUCCCGAACCAACAACUACAAGCAUCGUAAGCUCAACCUCCUCUCUGCAAGAAACCAUGUCGACAUCCGCUUCGACAACAUCCACAAAGUCUAGUUUUGUAACCACGCAUACUUCUAAGGCUCUCACCGUUUCGCCGCACGUUUUUGUCGAGAAUCCGAGUUCUACUGUUUCUAGGGCCUCGAAUGCGACGACCGUAUUCUCGUCAGCCACCCUGACCCCAACGGUUUCCUCCACGCCCAAGCCGGGCGCUGCCUCAGCUGCCACCCUCUCCGCCCUGAGUCUGACCGCCAGCUUCCUGGUUAUUUCCAUCUUUCUCAGUUUCUAA